AUGCACUCCCGACGAUGUCUCUGAACACUUCACCUGAUCAAACACAUACCAGAACGGCGUGUUAUAUACGUACAUACAUAUAGCGAGAGAGAGAGAGAGGUCUACCUUGUUUGAAGAAGACGGAGAGUCCAAAGUCGGUGGCCUUGAGGGGGGCGUCCUCAUCGCUGCUGAGGAGGAGGAAGUUCUCGGGCUUGAGGUCCCGGUGCAUGACGCCCAUUGAAUGGCAGGUGUGCACGAUCUGGACGAUGGUUCUGAGCAGGGAGGCGGCGGCGCGCUCCGUGUAGUGGCCCCUGGCGAUGAUCCGGUCGAAGAGCUCCCCCCCGGCGCAGAGCUCCAUGACGAGGUGCACCGACUGCUUGUCCUCGUAGGCCCCCUUGAGCUCCACAAUGUUAGCCUGCCCUGUGAGGUGGUGCAUGAUCUGCACCUCCCUCCGCACGUCCUCAACGUCUUCCUUGUUCACCAACUUCCGCUUAGCGAUGGUCUUGCAGGCGAACUGCUCUCCGGUGACGCGGUGUGUGCAGAGAUGAGUCACCCCGAACUGGCCCCGCCCCAGCUCCUUCCCCAUGUUGUAUGUCUGCCUCACGUCCUCCAUCGGCCGCCCGAGAACGGGCCCGACGGAGGAGGCCUUAGCGGGGGGAUGCCGGAGGACGCCGGUGACGCCACCGUGGGGCUUGUACGGUGGCGCAUUGGCGGCGGGUUUCUGAGCCGAGCGCGGGGACGGCUCGUCGGGGGGAUCGGGCUUCUGGGCCUUGGAGGCUCUGCUGUGAGCGUUCUGGGAGAAGCAGUUGCCCAUGGCGGAGGCGGCGGGCGGCGGUGGCGGAGGACGAAGGAUGAAUGGGGAGGGGCAGCGUAUGAAGUCCGCAGAAUGGUGACUAUUAACAGCGGAGGGAACGGAAGAACAGACAGAACAGAAGAGAAACAACGAGGGGACGCGGAGGCGAUAUGAGUGGCGGGAGAGAUUUUAGGGCGGAAGGAAGUCGUUGGAGAGGAAGGAGGAGGGGGGUUUUCCUUGGAUCGCUCUUCCUUUCUCGUCCUUCUCUCUCUUGUUCUCCUCCCCGAGGGUGUCGAUGGAAUAGGGAGAUCGAGAGGGAUUCGCGGGGAAGGUGAAGAAAAUAUUUAUUUCUAAUGAUUUUCUUUGAUCUCGCCUCCCACGUCAGAUGAACGUGGUCUAAUUCUCCGCAUCUCAACGGUCAACGAUUUGCCUUCCCAUAGCGGAGACGAGAGAAACAUUUUCUGUGUGGGUCAACGUUUUCCUGGAAUGGAAUCUGUUCUAACCUACGAACACUCACCUCCGAGGUCAACCCUCGCCAAGGUUGUCCCUCCCAUAAGAAUGAUCAUCUCCUGGAAGACGUCAACGUCCCCUGCGAACGGGAAUGACCAUCCACCGUUACCCUCAGCGUGGCCACCUUUGCGAGAGGUCAACAAUCUUCAUUUGUGGAAAUAGUCAGAUAGUCAACGCACCCCUCGAUCACCAUUCAUUUCUUUAAAUGGGUAA